ACUGUAACAACCAGCAUUUUACUUUGCUGUAAUCAGGCCGUGUGGCUGAAGCCAGGGUUGUAACUGUGUUUACUGUGUAAACAACGAGGGCCUCUGCAACGCUGCUGCGACAUGAAUGGUUAACAAUUAACAGAGAGCCUCAGUCAUCACCCUUGUAGAUUGCCACUCCAUACUAUAAGCAUCCCGCAUAAUCCUCGUGUUUGUCUGUUGGUGAAUACUGUCGUGACCAAAAUAUCAUUGCGGAGGACCAAAGCAGUCAUUCUUGGGGAAAGCAUUUUUUUUUUCUUUUUCAAUUUGACACAAUGCGACCAAAGAUGUCUUUAUGCCUGGAGUCUGUCAGAUUAAAAAAAAAAAAAAAAAUCUUUUCAGAUUUGAAAAAUCCCUAUGUGUGUUCCAGGCAAGAGGAGAAUCCAAACAGUACCGGAAUUGAUCUGAUCCAAGUUAAUCAUUAACAUGCUUUUGACAGUGUAUAAAGCUCAUGAUGUUCCCACCGUGGCUCUUCAGCCAGUCACAGGAGAGAGUGACGGCUGUCAGCGGUAGGAUAAGCAGAACGACAACAUGAAAACGACCCUGACCUACUUAUUUAUUCUUGCUGGUGCCGGGCUAACUGUCCUGUGCGGCAAAGAGGAGCAGCCCGAGGUUUCUGUUGAAACCCCCUCACACUUUGCAGCUCUGGACGACGUGCGACUCCUGGCGACCGGCCUCCUCGAGCUGGGCCAGAGCCUGCGGGAUUUUGUGCACAAGACCAAGGGGCAGAUCAAUGAUAUCUUCCAAAAGCUCAACAUCUUUGGCCGUUCGUUCGACCAACUUUCUGUGCUGGCCAGGGAAAUCAAGGAGGAGGAAGAGGAGCUGAAGAAGACGGCGGUGAUGCUGCAAGCUAACAAUGAGGAGAUCAGGGGCAUAUCUGUUAACAUCGGCUCCAAGGUGGAAAGCAUCAUGCUGGAGAAGAGCUCUCUGCGGAGCAAAGUGGAAGGUCUGGAAGAGAAGCUGAGAAGUAUGUCUCAGAGCCUGUUGACUGGCGACCAAGUGAGAGACAUCAAUGGUCUUAAGGGAGUGAUUAACAACCAGGAACAAAGCAUCACAGAGCUGCUGAAGGCUGUGAGGGAGCAAAGUGAUCAACUCAACUACCAGAGAGUUAAAAUCAAGAGUCUGGAAGAAAAGCUUACAGCCAGUACAUUAGCUCAAGACACAAGUGGAAGGAUGCCUGAAUCCUUCAGCAGCGACACACCCACACUCAGCCCAUAUCUGGCCUCAGACUCCAGCAAGAAAACCGCAGACAUGGAUCUCCCGUCAGACUGCAGUGAAGUGUUCAACAGAGGUGAGAAAAUCAGUCGAGUGUACGCCAUCAGACCUAAUGGAUCGGAGCCGUUCAAGGUGUUUUGUGACAUGACCGCAGAUCAUGGAGCAACAGUCAUUCAGCGUAGAAGAGACGGCUCUGUCAACUUUGACCAAUCGUGGGAGAAAUACGAAAAUGGAUUUGGAGAUUUUCACGGGGAGUUUUGGCUGGGUCUGAGUAAGAUUCACUCGCUGGUUGCACAGGGCAAUUCUGUCCUUCACAUCCAUCUGGAAGACUGGAAACACAAUAAGCGCUUCAUCGAAUACACUUGUGACCUUGAUGGUCCAGAGAGCAACUACACCCUUCACCUCAAGCUAUUGUCAGGAGAUCUGAGCGACCCCAUGAAGAACCACACGGGCAUGAUGUUCUCCACUAAGGACAGGGACAAUAACAAGCACCGGCACUCCAACUGUGCCCACAACUACACAGGUGGUUGGUGGUUCAAUAGCUGUGGGGACACCAACUUGAAUGGGAGAUAUUUCCGCAUGAGACACAAGGGACGUUCAGAUCGUCGAAGAGGGAUUCAUUUGAAGCCGGGGCGAAAAGCUUCUUAUUCGCUCAGGUUCACACAAAUAUCGGUCUUUCCCUUCAACACGUCUUCACAGUCAUCUGAAACUGGUGGUUUUCUCGCAAACAACCACCUGUGAAGAGUGUAUAGAGGCCUCUUCAGGAAAACGUUGGAAAUGCUAUGUGUGGGCAGCCAUCAUUUCAGAAGGCAUGGUCUCAGUUAGGGGAUUCAAGUCACUUACACAGGAACGAAGUGCAGAGCGACAGCACUAAGAGUUGUUCUGUCUGAAAACGCAGACAGGCCGGGCUAAGCUCAUGACCAAGAAGAAAUAUAUAUUUUCUAAACAUUUCAAAUGGAAAUUCAUUAAGUUGUUCUGAUCUUCAUCACGUGGUACAAACUAUAGGGUGAUUGAAUAGUAAGUAACUCCCCAUUUCAAAAUACUGAUAAAUUAUGAAUGUAUUGCCAUUUAUCGGAAAACAAACUAUAUUUUAAUUUUAAUGUGUUUGUUAUUUUUUCGGGAGUUUGAGAGUCCUGCACAGGAUCUUAGCUAUUCCCAGUAUU